AUGGCAUGCUUGAGAGACGACUUUCAAAAUGGCGUGUUGCUCGACGGUCGGUAUAAGACCAUCUCUCCCCUCAACCAUGGCUCUUUCGGCAUGGUCUUCAUGGCCAAGGACAUGCACACCAACGAGACCGUUGCCAUCAAGUGCUUGACCAAGAAGGCUGCUGCCGAUGAUGCCGGCCUCGACUUCGCCAUUGACGAGAAGUCCGAGGAGCUCGCUCUCCACGGCCAACUCGGUGCGCAUCCCAACAUUGUCAACCUGCUCCGCUCCUUCGAAACCGAGGCCCACCUUUACAUUGUCCUCGAGUUUUGUCCCCAGGGUGACCUGUACGAAGCUAUCCGGAACGGUCGUGGACCCCUGGAGACGGAGCAUGUUCGACAGUUCAUGCUGCAGCUUGUCGACGCGGUUGCCUACAUCCACGCCAAGGGUGUUUACCACCGUGACAUCAAGCCGGAGAACAUCUUCCUCACCCAGUCUGGCGCCAUGAAGCUGGGAGACUUCGGACUAGCGACUACUGAGAACUGGACGCUUGAGACAACCGUUGGCAGCGAUCGCUACAUGGCUCCCGAGCAGUUCGACUCCGCUGGUGAGGGAUACUCCCCCGCCCAAGCCGACAUUUGGGCCAUUGGCAUUUGCCUCCUCAACAUCCUGUUCUCACGCAACCCCUUCACCACCCCCACCGAAGCUGAUCCGCUCUUUUUGGACUUCUCGCGCGACAAGCAGUCGCUCUUCGACGUAUUCCCGUCCAUGUCGCAGGAUACCUAUGAGGUCAUUGUCCAGUGCAUGAACUUGGACCCCAAGAAGCGAUCCUUGGUCGGCGCUCGCGCCGCUCUUCAACGUCUGGUCAGCUUCACCACCACCGAGGAGGAUGUCGAUGAGUUUUGCUCUGCUGAGCGUCACGUUAUGGCUAGCGCGAACCGCGAGCCUCUGCGCACUCCCUCCAUCCAGAGCCCCCAAGUCGAUCAAGGUGCUUUCCCCUGGGCGAAGGCUCUGCAUGCGAGUCCGCCCCAGCCGAUUCGCCAGCUUAGCGCUAUCCCCGACGACGAGAGCUACACCGAGGAUUUAUUCUCCAAGUCGGGGGGGACCUUGGAUUGGUUCAGCACGGCUCAAACCCCGUCAAUCUCGUCCAUUCUCGACUCGAGUCUUGGUGCUUCGAUGAAGUCUCUUCAUAUUGGGCGCCCCAUGAAGGCGGCUCCUCGACCGAUUCCAAAGGUUUCGCCCAUGGCCGGUUCGCUGCCGAUCAAUAUGAACAAGCCUCGCGGCAACCUGUCCUCCAUGUCCUUGGUGUUCGGUCGUAAGGACGACGUUUCCAAGAGCUGGAGCGACAUGUGGGACGAGGAUGAGGAAGAGGAGGAGGCUGAACGCAACAGGCAGACGCAGUCCCUUCAACAGCUCAACUCGAGGACCUGGAGCCACGACAGUAAGGCUGAUGACAAGGACGACUGCGAGACGGUUGACGCGACUCCGCUUGCGACUACUCCGCAGCGUGCUCACCACGACACUGUCAAGAUCCACAACGACAUUGACAGUGACUUGGUGGUCGAUGGAUUCUUCUUCCAGGAUGCAUCCCCCCCAAAGUCGAAGCCUAUGCUGCCGCUCCGUCAGUCAUCCCCGAAGCGUAAUGAGGCCGACAAGUGGAGUAAGCUUGGGGAACGUCGCCGUGCGUACACAGGCUCAUCCCCAUCCAAGAAGUCGGGCGACUUUGCCCGACAACAACGCGCAAUCGGCCUGGGUUACAAUUCAUACGCAGCUGGAGUCUGGGAUCCCUAUGCACACAACAACACCAACAUUCAUCACAAAUCGCCUAAGGAAAAGGUUAGGGAAUGCCCCUGGAAUAAGGGCAGAGAUUGGAAUUACUGGCGCCGGGAGAAGCGCACUGAUCUCGCAGACGUCGAGUGGGUUGGUGGCUGGCAGGAAGCUCAUUCCUAG